UUCACGUCAGUAACCUUCCUCCAAGAAUACAAAGCAGUUGCGAAUUUUAUACCAAAAGAGUUUAAAGUGAUCAAAACGCAAGAAUUCAAUCAAAUAGUGGAACCAAUAAUAGAAAAAGAAACGGGUCCCCUAUCGAAUUAUUUGAUUUCAACUGAAAUGGCACCGAGACGGCGACCAAUUUACCAAGACGAGAAUACUUCAUCAGACGAAAUGAGUGACAGCUCGUACCAGCCAUUGCAGCCAUUACAUAAACGCUCAAGGCUUCAAGCGAUAAAUAUGGCUGAUGAAAGUGUUCGCGAAGGAGUCAAGAAACGAGGUCGUGGUCCAUCGAAACGUCCUUGUCUCAAUCGAAAUGCCCAAAUGGCUCGAGAAAAUCGUCAAAAAAAGAAGGAAUACAUUGAAAAAAUUGAAAAAAAACUCAAUCAAUUGCAGCAGGAGAACAAAAGUCUCAACACAGUGAUACAAAAGCAGAAUAUCGACAUUAAAAAAUUAAAUGCCGACGUCUCGUACAUGAAGAGUGUUCUCAACAAUAAAAGCAGUAUCACAAUGUUGCUGAAAUCAAUGAAUCAAAAUUUGGAGAAAAUCCGAAGAAAAUCACAAAAGGAUGCGGUGUUGCCACCCACAUAUCCAAAGAACGCUCUCUCCGACCUUGAGCCAUUGGACAAUAAAUUAUUCAACGACAACUACAGAAUAAAAUUAGAAAGCAGUGAUCACAAUAAUGACAAUUAUCAACUAUUGGCAGAUGCCUACAGGAUGAACAACAAUAUGUCAAAAACCGAUGAGGAUCAAAGUUUUGACGAUACAAGGCAGGAGGAGAAAUUGAAGAAUCUUUAUCCCGUGACACCUGUCAGUUUAGAUGGCAGCAAAUCAGAACCCUCACUCGACGAAAUGGAUGAUUUCAACGAUUUUUCCAAUUUUUCCACUAACAAUAUUUUUGACGAUCUCACACAAUUGGAUAUGUCAAAUUCCCUGGACUUUGGUCAAGAUACGUGUACAACGAUAGAUGAGGAUUUUUUCCGAGGUUUGGACGAUAAUACCGGUAUUUGUUUGCACGUCAAUCCCAAUAGAGUUUCCCUGGAAUUUUGCUCUUCCUGCCAGAUGAAUAGCGUAAAUUCGGUGUUGGAUUGAGAGAACGCUAGUUGAUACGAGGGAAUCCGAUGGGAAUUCUAAUUACCUUCGUCGCCGUCAUUUCCGACAAAAGGAUCUUCAGGGAACUUUCAUCUUUGGAUAAGAUUUAGUUUUAUGUCAACAAAUGGUCGGUAUUUGAUACCUAUAUGUAUAUAAUUUAUUUUUCAUCAUGUUCUGUUUAGUUUUGCAUUUAAAGACUUUUUAAUAGAAAGCCAUCGAAUAUUUAUAUCAUUUUCAGGCUUUCUUAUGUAGGAAAAAUAAGUUUUUUUUAGAAACUAGCAGUCGUAGUGUUUCGAGACAGGAAACGGUUUCGGAAAAAUUUCUUUCUGAAGGGAAAAUAAUUAUUUCUUUGGAAAAAAAUUUUUCCAAACUUUUUAUUUCUUUUUCCAUACCUACUUAUUAUUUCUUUUUCUAUUUAUUAUUAUUAUUUUAUUUCUUUUUUACUUUACUAAAGCUUAACAUUUUUAAAUUUUUAUUUAUAAAAUCAUAAUCAAAUUUAUAGCAGUAUUUCCUUCAUGAAUUAAUUUUACUGAAAUCUUUCAUUUAAUGUUGACCUUUCAAAUUCGGAUAAAAUUCAAUAAGAGAGUUUCAAUACGAAUUUUAUCAGAAUUUGGAAAGUGAGCAUGUCUUUUGAAAAUAAUAUUGAAUUUAAUUUUUAAUCUUCUUGGAAAGAAGUAAAGUUUCUGUUUAUUAAAAAAAGAAUAAUGUACGGACAACUUCUUUGAUUGAAAAAAGAAGGUAUUUUAAGUGAUGUAAAAGUUAUAAUAAUACGUACGUAUAUCUAGAUAUGUAAUUGCGCUUAGAGGAUUCCUCCGAUUCUGUAAAGGAUUUUCAUUUUUCCAGGAAAGCAGCUUGGUGCCGUGCGGUAACGCUGAUAUUAAAAAAAAGUAACCUGGUUGGAGAUUGUUUACAAUUUUGGACAUUUCUCGGAUCAUUUAAAAAAACGAUGAUUAUUAUGAUCAGGUUGCAGCUUGACCAGGUUAAGUAUAAAAGUAUCGAAAAAAAAAAGAAAAUUUUUUAUUUUUACUCUUAUCCAAUUGACACACUGCAACCAAUUUUAAUAUAUUUCGAUCAUUUUUCUUUUUAAGCGAUAUGGUCUGAGAAGAUAUUCACUGCUGUAUAACUGAAUAGUUAUUUUUAUAAAACACUGAAAGACUGAUUAAAUAAUGUUCAAUUUUUGAAUUCAAAAGAACUUUAGUUGAUAUAAUUUGGUUAAUUUAAGUUUCAGGAAACCAGGCGUUAUGAGUAUUUUCAUCAGCAUUAUCACUGGGCACACUUAACACCAGAGGGCGAAGGAUAUCGUUACGCUUAACAUUUUGUUAAUCUCGGCAGAAUUUUAAUCGAUCAG